ACAGAGUUUAGAGACAGAAAAGCAGCAGUAGAGAGAGAGAGUUAGAAUGGCAGAGAAUGGAGGGUACAACGAAACUGAGACCAUAACUCCGAUGGAGAUUGAGAACGGAGAUGCUCUUCCACAAGUACAAUCACAAGAACAAGGAAAGUGUUUGAUUACCAAGAUUGACGAUGGUAGUGUAGAGAGUCAUCGUUACUACUUGUCUCGAAGAACUACGCUUGAAAUGCUUAAAGACAGAGGUUACUCUAUCCCCCCUUCUGAAAUCCAACUCUCUCUUCACGAAUUCCGUCAAACUCAUGGCCACUCUCCUGAUGUUGAUCGCCUCCGCUUCACCGCUACUCACACCACUAACCCCUCUAAAAGGAUUUUAGUGAUAUUCAGUGGGCCAGGUAUUGUGAAAGUGAAUGUGGUCAGGAACAUUGCAGGGCAAAUUGUGAAUAGAGACACUUUGACUGGCCUCAUUUUGAUUGUUCAAAGUCAAAUUACUAGCCAGGCUUUGAAAGCUGUUAAUCUUCUCUCUUUCAAGGUUGAAAUAUUUCAGAUCACAGACUUGCUUGUUAAUAUUACAAAGCAUGUAUUGAAGCCAAAGCAUCAGGUGCUGACUGAUAAGCAGAAAAAGAAUCUCCUGAAGAAGUACAAUAUACAAGAAAAGCAGCUUCCGCGGAUGCUACAGACAGACGCAAUUGCUCGAUAUUAUGGACUUGAGAGAGGGCAGGUCUCAGUAUUUGGGGAACGGAUUCCACAUAAAGUGGUGUGACCUACAUGAUCAUCACCAAAUAUGAGACUGCGUGUUGGAAAAAGAGGAUUUAAAAGUGAGUGUUGUUGGCACUUUUCAAAAAUAUACAUGUACAAAUUUGAUUUUCUUUAAGGAAAAAACUAAUUUUAAGUUGCAAUUUUUUUUUAAAACGAAGUACUUACGGCUUUUCAUUAAUACUUAGCCGAGCAAUUCAAGGUGUCAUGUGAUAAAAGGAACUAGAACUAGAGACUAUGUGAAUGAGGUUGCCUUUGUAAAUUUGUUUGUCUCUUACUGUAUUUGACACGAAUAGCUGCAAAUUUAAUCUUGUCUCCAGUGGAUUCAGUAUGCUUCCAAUGUAACACGAAUA